GUCAUUGAUCAUGAACGUGAAGUGAACCGGUAAUCAUCUUACGCCAACUGUUCACUCAAAAUGUCUGAAGACAGAGGCAAGGGGAUCUCCCUUCGAACAAAGCGAAAGGGACGGCCAGCGAUCAGUGCACCAAAGCAGAUAUCAGGUCCAACACAACCGACUGGGAGCGCACCUCGAAGUAAUGGAGCGAAAUCGUCAUUCGAUGCUCCACAGCGCCCACAAGUUGGUGGAAAGACAUCGGAUCUCGUCAAACGUCGAUAUUCUACUCGAUUCAACAAUCUCCCGACUGAUUUCGAUGCUACCGCCCUUCCAGUACCCAAUGUUCCGACGUUGCCGAACCAAUUUGCCGGGUCCAAGGACCGCGGAAGGGGACCUUCUCCUGGAAAGAGCCAAGGAAUUGAUAUAGACACGAAGGCAUUGAAUGAUCCUAAUUUACGCCCAGAUCGAUAUAUAGCUGGACUUUUGAGUGACGCCUCAGAGAAGGAUAUCGAUGAAUACCAGCAAGCUUUACAGAAAUUGAAGAAUCGAGCCUCGACGGAUCUUCAGCAGAAUGUCUACCAAAAUCGGACACAAUUCAUUAAGAUUAGUAAGGAGGCUGAGAAGUUGAAGGCGGAAAUGCGAGCGCUGCGAAACUUGAUGUCAGAACUCAAGACCAACACUAUGGCUCUCAGAACUACAUCAUCUCAGGGUCCUGUUGUUUCCAAUGACUUUGACUCUGGUUUUCCAUCCACCUUGAGCAAGAGGGACAAGAGAAGUUCGGUGGCUGAUCGUACAGCAAUGUGGAACUCGCAACUUCAGGCUUUAUGGAAGACAGUGGAGGGGUCACAGAAGUUUCUACCUGCCCUCCCUGGCCGCCAUGUGGUUCAGAAUGCUGGGCUAUGGAUUGAGCUAGAUAAUGCCACCUGGAAAUCCCGCCGUGCCAUGCAAAUUAUCUUGCUGAAUGACCACCUCCUCGUCGCUUCACGAAAGAAGAGAAAGAUUGAAGGAAUGAAUAAUGCAGAUCAACGACAAGCGCCUUCCAAGCUCGUGGCAGAUCGAUGUUGGCCCUUAUUGGAUAUUGAGAUGGUUGACCUAGCUGGGACCAGCGAAUCAACAAGCUCAAGAAACAAGGUUGCCGAUGCCAUCAUGAUCAGAGGAGUUGGACAGGAGUCCUUCACGUAUCGAACUGAAAAGUCCGAUGAUAGUGAUAAGCAAACCUUGAUGAUGAACUUCAGAAAGGCUGUUGAACAGUUACGGAAAGGCCUUCGUUCUGAGAUGGAAUCUAGCAACAAAGCCAAGGAGACCAUCAAUUACUUCGCCUCUCGAGACCCUGGCCUGCUUAAGAAGACCGAGUUGUUGGAGACUCUCUCGGACAUCAAAGAUAUGCUCAUUGAAGUUGAUGGGAAGCAACAGAAUUUACGAUGGGUCGAGAGCCAGGUGGAUGAACUCGAUAUUCUCAUCGCCCUUCAAAAGUUCGACGAAGCGGUUGUAAGAGUUGAGAAACUCAAUGCCUUGGCUAAGAGUCUUAAAAGCAACGUUGUGGCACAGGAUUUCAUAAGCUUCAAAGCAGAGGAACGGGCAACCAAGCUAGCUGGACUAAUUACGCGCGAGCUCGUCGAUACUCAUGAUAAGCCCAAACAGACAAAGCGCAAUGUCCUCUACCUGGCGCGACUGGGCUUUGAAGAUCGUGCAAGGGAAGCCUAUCUUGAAGCUCGUGGCAACAUCAUCCAUAAAAGAUCGAGGCAAUGCAUUUUCGAGGGCAACCUUCAUCAGUACAUCUGGGAAGUAUCUUUUGUCUACUUCACCAUAAUUCGAAAUACCGUUUCCACAUUCCAGAUGUGCUUUCCUCCCUUGCUGAUGAGCGCCUGUGUUAAAUGGGCUAAAGAGCAAGUGGAUACUUUCAAUGUCAUUCUAGCAAGACAGCUGAGCAGUACUCCUCAAGAUGGCGACAUUUGGAACAAGUGUAUGGAUCAGGCAAAAGAGCAUGCGAAGAUGCUGUCGGAUGUCGGCUUGGACUUCAAGAGUCUGAUAGGGCGAGGCUCCUCGGGAGAAAGUGGCCAAAAAGAGCCUAGCAGAGACACCAUGGAUACCAAUAUGGAAGAUGUUGGCAGAGCGCCCGAACCCUCGAGGUUAUCACCUGCCACUGAACCCGCGUCCAUACCUACCCUUGAUGGAUGGAUUGAGAGCUUGAUGACCUGCAAGCAAUUGGCCGAGGUCGAUGUACAGAGGCUCUGCGAGAAGGCACGAGAGGUCUUGCAGGACGAGUCCAAUGUGCAACCGGUGAAAUGCCCUGUCACUGUAUGCGGAGACAUUCAUGGUCAAUUCCACGACUUGAUGGAGCUCUUCAGAAUUGGUGGACCAAACCCAGAUACGAAUUAUCUAUUCAUGGGCGAUUAUGUUGAUAGAGGUUACUACUCCGUUGAGACCGUCACCCUCCUCGUAGCCCUGAAAAUCCGAUAUCCCCAACGCAUCACCAUCCUCCGUGGCAACCACGAAUCCCGCCAAAUCACACAAGUCUAUGGGUUCUACGAUGAAUGUCUCCGAAAAUAUGGCAAUGCGAACGUAUGGAAGUACUUCACCGAUCUCUUCGACUACCUCCCCCUCACCGCCCUGAUCGAUAACCAAAUAUUCUGCCUGCACGGAGGUCUCUCCCCCAGCAUCGAUACCCUUGAUAACAUCAGAGCACUGGAUCGUAUACAGGAGGUUCCGCAUGAGGGGCCUAUGUGCGAUUUGCUGUGGUCGGACCCAGAUGAUAGAUGCGGUUGGGGAAUAUCACCAAGAGGUGCGGGGUAUACGUUUGGGCAGGACAUUUCGGAGGCUUUCAACCACAAUAAUGGCUUGACUCUAGUGGCAAGAGCCCAUCAACUGGUCAUGGAGGGAUAUAAUUGGUCUCAGGAUAGGAACGUGGUCACCAUUUUCUCAGCUCCGAACUAUUGCUAUAGAUGUGGCAAUCAAGCGGCUAUUAUGGAGAUCGACGAGCAUUUGAAGUAUACCUUCUUGCAGUUUGACCCCUGCCCAAGAGCAGGCGAACCUAUGGUUUCACGACGAACUCCUGACUACUUCCUUUAGAAGAUUUUCAAGAAGAACGAUACUCCGCGCGGGCAGGCACGUUACAAAGGUACCACAGAAGCGAUGAAAACCCAGCUCAUGUAAAAGAGAUCACAUGGCAUUCGUACAGCGAGGGGGCGAUACCAUUAAUGGGACAACCCAAGGGUGCUGUUUGUAGACCUGCGGUAGACUCUUAUAAGAAUGCAAAAGCGUUAUGCAACGAAGAUCC